AUGGAAACACAUAGGAAUGACGUCAUCGACCGAAUGAAGUUGAUGGACGACAGAUUAGAAUUAGAAGCCAAACGUUGCGAUGUUGGAAAUAUAUUGGAACCAGGCUGGUGUCCCGAGAUUUGGGACGGGAUACUAUGUUGGAAUUCGACGGCACCUGGACAACUAGCCAUUCAGCAGUGCGCCUCUUACAUCAUGGGUUUCGAUGCUCGCGCAUUCGCUUCGAAGCAAUGCAUGCUGAACGGCGAAUGGUACUUUAACGCCAAAACUCGCAGCGUCUGGACCAACUUUAGCCAAUGCUACCGAGAGCCGCUAGUCACCGUCCUGAUGAACAUGUCGAAUGUACAAACGAACAACGCUACUCUUAUUAAGAAAUUCUUACCGGUUGUGAAGAUCAUCUCAAAACUGGGCUAUUCAAUCUCGUUGUUUACUCUCAUCAUUGCGUUUUGCAUUUUGGCCACCAUCAAUUUGUCUCCCAUCGGACGUAGGAAAUUACGAUGCCCUCGGAAUAUAUUGCACAUGCACCUGUUCGUCUCGUUCGUGAUGCGAGCGUUCAUGGCGCUACUGAAGGACAUGCUUUUCGUGUCCGGCCUCGGAGUGGCAGAUGCUGUAAUCAAAGUCACCGAGGGUUACUGGCUACUCGAUGAGAAGGAAAGCAAUUGGCAAUGCAAGACAUUCACCAGUCUGUGGCAGUACUUCAUCCUAGCAAACUACUCUUGGAUCUUGAUGGAGGGUGUAUAUCUGCACAAUCUGGUCUUCCUGGCGCUCUUCACUGACGCCAACUCCAGCAUUGUAGGCUACGUCAUUUUCGGAUGGGGUUUGCCAGCCGUAUUUAUCUUACCUUGGGUAGUUACGAGGAUCAUAUUCCAAGAUACAUAUUGCUGGACAACCAACGAGAAGCCUCUCUUGUUCCUUUUCAUACGGGUACCCACGAUGCUCUCUAUUUUGAUAAAUUUUGUGCUCUUCAUCAACAUCGUGAGAGUACUGCUAGUGAAACUCAAAUCUACCAUGUCAGAGGAAACGGAAAGAUAUAAGCGAUGGGCUAGAAGCACGUUGGUCCUAGUGCCGCUCUUUGGGGUUCAUUACGCGUUCUUUAUCUUCAUGUCGUACAGCAUCGGGGUAAACGAAACUGUAGAGGUUGUGUGGCUCGUCUGCGACCAGCUGUUCGCAUCUUUCCAGGGCUUUUUUGUGGCGGUGCUGUAUUGCUUCCUAAACGGCGAGGUGAGAGCUGAGGUAUCGAGAACACUUCGUGGCAUCAAAUGGACACGUCUACGUGGAAUUCGAUGGGGCCAGAGAGCGUCGACGCAUUCAGUUAGUACGUGCAGUUGCAACAACGUCUCGAAAUCAGGUGGUCGUCGGCAUUCAAGAAAGGCCAGGUGGUGGAAGUCGCGCUGGAAGACACCCUCUUGUCUUUACCAGGAUCGCGCUAUUCGUCGAUCCACUCACUCGAUGGCGAGUACACAAGAUGUUGGAACGAGAGGAGGUAGUUUAGCGAGCAGCCGGGGCUAUCUAGAGAUCGCCGGUAAUGGCCAGUCGCCGACGCAGCCGACAACACAGGAUCAUCACGCUCAUCAUACAUCGCCUCUGUGCAGCAAGUGCACACAUCAAUCACUGCUUUCCUUUUGCUCGAUGUCCGAUGCGUCGGGACCGAAUGGCGACAAGAUCCGCGAUCAUCAUCGAUGGAGUGACUCCGAGUGCUGUCAUCUCGCAUACGAGUUGCACAACCUGCAGCAACAUCGCGAACAUCCGUGAUAAUAUCCCACAUUUCACGAUAGGAAAAAAGAACACGUGUCGCUUGUCCCAUAAAUGUUGAACACGUUUAAACGAACGCGCGUAUCGUUUC